GCGCUGGAAGGCAUCCAGGGCUUCUUGGCCAUGCCCGCCCUGGAAAAGCAGUGCUCAGAGCUAUCCCCGAUAGAGCACAUGGAUGCUGGCUCCAGUGAGUACUCUGACCUGAGCACGCAGGAAGGAGGUGAUUACCAGCAGCAGACGCUUGCCGACAUCUUCAGAUGGUAUGGCUACAAAGUACAGACGAAUGUGUACUUCUAUCGUUCUGGUGACAACUGGGUCAUGGAGCGCGACACAGGUUCGCUUCACAGUGCUCGGGAAUUCGCUGACAUCCUGAAGGAGAAGAGCAAGCGGGACAAAUCCAGCAAAGAUGGCCAGAAGGAGAUGGAGCAGAGUGUGGUGGAAGUCGAAGCUGCUGGGACUGGAUGUCCCAUGCGGGAGGUGGAUAUUUUCAUUGAGCCUAUGGAGACAGUACCUGUGCUGCGCUGGGAGCCACCAGCUGUAGUGUGGUUUCACAAGAGUUCAAUCAUGGACUUUCACAGCAAGGCCAUAGUUGUCGUGGAGAACGCGACAAGGUUAAAGCCGAGCCCUCAACAGCACCUGCGCCUGAGAGACGAGCUGUGGUUGCCAUAA